AUGACUGCAGAUGAAGUGAUGGGAAUAUUCCAUACUACACAUGAUUCUGUACCAAAUUAUGAAGUUGUACCGAUACUAUAUUCUUCAAAUGCUAUACAUAAAAAUGGUACCAGAAAAAUGCGCGUGAAAACCUUCAAUCGCAAUAUUGAACUCACUUUAAAUCCUACUGAGGGAUAUCUUGCUAGCAUAGAUACUCCUUUAUGGACUGUUAGAUCUGGAGAUCAACAAGCACCAGAAGGACUGCGUUACACUCUCAUACCAAAAGCACUACAGGACAUAGGAACUCCAAUGCAAGACGAAAAAUCAGAAGCGGCGGUUUUAGUUGCGUCAAAAAACAAAUAUCCCACUUUUGAUGGAUUUCUCUCAUCAAAUUUUGUCAUUCGUUCCUUACCACAACGCGUUAUUGAUCUUUUAUAUGGAAAGGACAGAUUCUUUGAGUUUCAUUUUGAUGAAGAGGCUGAAAUGGAAAAUUUAAUGUACACCUAUCAUCAUAUUGUUUAUGAAAAAAUUCGGGAAAAGAAUUACGAACGUUUUCAGAUAACAAACCCAUUGAAUAAAAUGUACCCGAUUCCGGACGUGGUCUAUCCAGAAAUCUUAAUAGUCGUUGAUUACGCUUUGUACGCAUCUCUAGGCGGAAACAUUGACCAAGCUAAACGGUAUAUUGUUGCAUUCUGGAAUGGAGUUGACUUACGGUACCGUGCAUUAACGAAGCCAAAAAUACGACUAAAUAUCGCUGGUAUCAUUAUAGCUACGGAUAUGAAAGCAGUUCCAUACAUUGAAAAUAGUCGUCUUAAAUCGAACUUGGUAGAUGCUGAUCAAGCUUUAACUGGGAUGUCAACUUACUUUUACAGAGAAAAAAGGUUCCCAUGGAAAAUGUACGAUAUAGCAAUGGCGACAACGCAUUUAAAUUUAUGCAACAAACUAGAUGAAUAUUUAUGCGACCCUGAAACAUUAGGUUACGCUUUUGUACGUGGUGCAUGCAAUAGAAACAGUACAACAAAAACUUCAGAAGCUGUCGGAAUAGCAGAAGACAAUGGUGGUUUCAGUGGUAUUAUACCAGUAGCCCACGAGUUAGGGCAUUUAUUAGGGGCUCACCAUGACGGCACUACAAACGAUACUAAAAAGUGUCCUGCAAGUGAUGGUUACAUGAUGACAGGUACACUCCAGUUAAGCGAAAAUCAAUUCAAGUGGUCUAUUUGCAGUAUAAGGGCACUCCAGAAAUUCCUCAGCGAAGAUACAGCAAAAUGCCUUUAUGACGAGCCACCGAAAGCUACAGCAAUAAGACGUCUCAUGCCUGGAAAACUUAUGUCUCUUGAUAGUCAGUGUAAAAAAGUCUACGGUGGCAUAGCAUGUAAAGAAAACGAGUCUGAAGUCUGCUAUCGAUUAGAAUGCGAAGUUCCCGACAGCAAUGGUGUAUGUGCAGCGGUUGCAGCAGCAGCAGAAGGUUCUUCUUGUGGUACAAAUCUCAUAUGUCUUGAUGGACAAUGUGUAUUGGAAGGAACAGAAGUUAAACAUGAAAAAGGUAUACAGCAAAGAUAAAAUAAAUUUAUGUUUGUUAACUUAUAAAAUUGUAUAAUUUAUGAAUGUUAUUUAUUUAAAAAUAUUUGAAU